AACCACCUGAAUCGACGGCUACCGUUCAGAAAAUACCUAAACGCCACCAACUACGUUUAAAUUUAAAUUCAAAGAUGCCUUCAGACAAUCUUUUAAUAACCAGUGAAGAUCCAGUUUCCUCCGGGGUUUCCUCCGAAGACGACGACGUCGGACAUCAAAAAGAAUUAUCAUUAAAAAAAGAUGUUUUAUCCAAUUUUGAGAGUCUCCCGGAUAAAAAUAAGCACGAAACGUUUUUGAAAGAUUGCGUCGAUUUGUUGCUAAAAGAAGCGGUUUUUCAUGGUACAGAUCGGGAAAAUAAAGUGUUGGAUUGGAAAAGUCCCGAGGAAUUAUUGGAAAUCUUUGAUUUUAAUUUAAACGGAUCGCCAUCGACUCACGAAGAAUUAAAAUCAAUUCUUAAAAACGUCGUUAAGUUUUCGGUGAAAACUGGACAUCCAUAUUUUGUAAAUCAACUUUUUUCAUCUUUGGAUCCGUACGGUUUAAUUGGACAAUGGUUAACAGACGCUUUAAAUCCAAGCGUUUACACUUACGAAGUCUCGCCAGUUUUUACUUUAAUGGAAGAAGUCGUUUUAAAAGAAAUGAGAAUUAUCGUUGGGUAUAAAGAUGGUAAAGGUGAUGGUAUUUUUUGUCCAGGUGGUUCUAUGGCUAACGGAUAUGCUAUUAGUUGUGCAAGAUACAAAUUUAAUCCAAAUUUAAAGGAAACUGGUCUUCAUAACUUUCCACGUUUAGUCCUUUUUACAUCGGAAGAUGCUCAUUACUCGGUUAAAAAGAUGGCUUCUUUCCUGGGGAUUGGCACAAAAAACGUUUACACAAUAAAAACCGACGAUAAAGGAAAAAUCAAUGUUGAUUUACUUAAAAAUGAGAUUGAAAGGGUGAAAUCGGAAGGUGGUGUUCCGUUUAUGGUUAGUGCAACGGCUGGGACGACGGUUUUGGGUGCUUUUGAUCCUAUAAAUGACCUGGCGGAUGUUUGCGAAGAACAUAACUUGUGGUUGCAUGUUGAUGCGGCUUGGGGAGGUGGUGCAUUAAUUUCUGAAAAGUACAAAAAUCUCAUGAAAGGAAUUCAUCGUGCUGAUUCAAUAACUUGGAAUCCCCACAAACUAUUAACAGCCCCUCAACAAUGUUCCACAUUACUAUUAAAACACGAAGGAAUUUUAAGUGGAGCUCACUCGGCGAAUGCUGCUUAUUUAUUUCAAAAAGAUAAAUUUUACGAUACCAGUUAUGAUACCGGUGAUAAACACGUUCAAUGUGGACGAAGAGCUGAUGUGCUUAAAUUUUGGUAUAUGUGGAAAGCGAAAGGAACCCACGGUUUAACCCGACAUGUUGAAAAAGUUUUUGAUAACGCUGAAUAUUUCACAAAAACGAUAAAAUCAAAGGAAAACUUUAAAAUGGUGCUUGAAGAACCUGAAUGUACAAACGUAUGUUUUUGGUACGUCCCCCCCAGUUUGUUGGGUAAAGAAAACGAAGAUGAUUAUGAGGAAAAGCUUCAUAAGAUUGCUCCGAAAAUUAAAGAGAGAAUGAUGAAGGAUGGUUCUAUGAUGGUUACGUAUCAAGCCCAAAAAGAUUGGCCUAACUUUUUUAGGAUCGUUUUUCAAAAUUCAGCAUUAACUCACGAUGAUAUGAUGCAUUUUAUACAAACGAUUGAAAGAUUAGGAUGUGAUUUAUAAUUAAUAACUAUUUAUGACUUAAAUUAAAUUGUAAAAAUAAAAAAUGUUUGAUUUCUUAUUA